AUACGGAUAGGAUGAUGGAUUAGCCGACGCCGAUCCCGAGAACUUACUGGUACGUGGAGAGCUACAGUCGAUCAGGAUCCAGAGAUUCAGAAAGCUAUUCAGAAGUGGGAUGUAUUCAGCCGGAAACUUCAUCGUCGUCGGUAAAGACUGAUUGAAGGAUUGGUCAACACACCGAUUUUAAGAGACAAGUCACAAAUACACGAUAUAGACUGCUGUAUGCCGUCUGCCAGCGUGUGCGGGAGUGAGUGAGGGAUAAAUUCACGCCACAGAGCGCCUUCUUCCACAGCGAACAUACCCCAGGCAAACUGUUGAAGUGGCCCAUUUCGUAGAAGCCGAGUGGCGGCGACGGAAUGAGACCAGUUGAGGCUGUACCGUUGUACUGUGAUGUCCUGGAAGGUGGCCCGCGAGACGAUGACCAAAGCGAACAAUUUCCGUGGACAGCCGAAUUGAAGACUCCCAGGGAGGGGGCGGUGGUGCAGGUGCCUCCCCUUUCUACGUCGGCCUCAAAGUACGAAGCCACUUUGCGGGCAGCUGCAGAUUAGCCUCGCACAUGUUUCCACUGUUCAAGCAAUACUCCCACCACAGAGGUUUGACAUAACACUUUCGAUACUCCCCUGUGGUGGGCUGUGUUGAACAAACCCGAGUGUAUUCAUAGAAAAUGCACCUUGGGCAAGCCUUUAGAGUAUCUUGCCACGUCCGGUACCAAUAUUUGUGCUCUCGGAACAAUAUUGAUUAUCAUCAUAAACUCAAUAAGCGGAACAUGGUCAACGCGCACUAUGUAUCAUCAGAGUGGUCUCAGAGCGCAUGUUCUCCAGGCUGAUUAAGUCGCACGAAUUUGGAUGGACGACCGACCAGGUCUUUGGCCUGGAAUGGACGCCAGUUGGUGGUCGUACGCCUGUGCCGGUCGUGCGACCAGC